AUUCAUUACUUAUCCUCAUAGCUCCGGUCUCACGAUCAAAUAUGUUACGCCGCAAACCCACCGCUAUAGCUAUAACCUCGGAAGACCUUGCGACUUUUGAACAAUCACGGCUCCGACAGCUCUCCAAAGAGACUCGUACCGAAGGCCAUGCCAGCACUAGCUCCAAUGUCAAUAUUGACCCCAGCGAUGAGCUCAAGCCAUUGCCGGGGGAAAAGGCGAGAAUCGUCCGCUCGCGGGAAGAGCGCAUCGGUAUUAAUCGACGCAAUUAACUUUUGAAGGGUUUGCCCAACACGUUGGCUUUUCCUGGCUACCGAUUUAUGCCGAGUAUUGCCUCGGGCAUCAUCACCACUUCCCAAGAGCAAGAGAGCCCCGAUUGGCAGCGAAUAAUCUAAAAGUCCCACACACAUCAAGGUGUGGUUUUUCGCAGGUCAAUUCCUGCUACAAGUGCAUGUUCUACAGCGAUAAUAUUACAACGACAGCCUGUGCAUAACAUUUCCAACUCUAUUCCCGACGGUGUGCUUGGUUUGUAACCUAUACUGCGAAUCUUACCAUUUUCAAUGUACUGGGUCUUUGUUCCUGCCCGUCUCAUUAAUUAUUGUAAUUAUAAUAUUAUGUUAUUGAGGUCGCCACAUAGUGCGGCCACAUAGUGCAAUUGCAUAG